AGGUCGUCAGUGAAAAGUGGAGAAAUGGCUAGAUUGACCCAGUUUGUUGACAAUGAAGUCUUCCGGGCUUUCGCUACUUACGCAACUAUUGUUCUUCUAAAAAUGAUGCUUAUGAGUGUUACAACAUCAUACUUCAGACUCACAAGAAAGGCCUUUGACAACCUAGAAGAUACAGUAUCAUUUGGAACAGGUGAAACUGCUAAAAAACUUGUGCGGACUCAUCCAGAUGUCGAUCGUGUACGCAGAUGCCACCUGAAUGACCUUGAAAAUAUUGUCCCCUUUUUUGGCAUUGGACUGCUGUACGCUCUUAGUGGCCCUGAGCUGUCCUCAGCCUUGCUGCACUUCAGGAUCUUCACUGCGUGUAGGAUCAUUCACACUUUUGCCUAUUUGAUCCCUCUUCCCCAGCCCGGCAGAGGUUUGUCUUGGGCAGUUGGGUAUGUGGUGACCUUCUCGAUGGCAUACAACGUUAUGAAGUCAGUGCUGUACCUGUAG